AUGGUGUCCCGCAAGGCCCUGGCUGCCCUGCUGGUGGUUCACGUCGCCACUCUGCUGGCCUCCCAGACGGAAGCCUUCGUUCCCAUCUUCACACACAGCGAGCUCCAGAAGAUGCAGGAAAAGGAGCGGAACAAGGAGCAAAAGAAAUCGCUGGGCGAACAGCAGAGGUCUGAAGAGGUGGGUCCCCUGGACCCCGGAGAGAUCACCGAGGAGGAAGACGACCAAGUUAUCAAGCUCACUGCUCCCGUGGAAAUUGAAAUGAGGAUGAACUCCAGGCAGCUGGAAAUACCGGCCGCCGUGGAAGGGCUGCUGAGCGAGUGCUGCCCACCCAGAGCAGUAAGGGCGGCGUCACCAGCACUGACACCACCCACCGUGUUAGCAUUCCAGGAGCGAGCAGCGGUCUGA